GUAGUUUUUAUUCCAAAUUCAUAUUCAUAUUCGAUAUUAAUAAAUCCUCGACGGCUGCCGCAGCAGUCCACAUCGAUUCCCGGUCCGAUUCGGCAUGAUUCGGCGAUUGUCUGGCGAGUAUUGAGAAGAAGUCAUGGGCUGUGCCAGCAGCACUCCCAUGGUUGCAACGGCGGGCAGCGAAAUGCUAAAAGCCGCCAGCCAUGUCAAACAGAAGGGCGAGGCCGCCGUCCAAGAAGCCUCUGAGACACUGACCACCACUUUGGACACGGCCAAGGAAACCGUUGGCACGGCGGUGGCGGGAAUUACCAAUGAGCUGGGCAACGCCUUCAAGGAGGGCACUCAGACUCUGGACGAGGCCAAGCACAAGGUGAUGGAGGGUCUCCACCUGGAGCAGCCGCAGGAAAGCGAUUCAAAAACCGAUGCAGGAGAGACCACAGUUGAGAUGAGUAAUUCCAGAGCUCCGACUCCCGAACUUCAAGAGGAUGCGGAUAGUCUGAAGACCUCAACACCGGAGCCGGAAAUCGAAAGGGCCUUGGCCAACGAGGAGGAGAGUCCACCCACUCCGAAACCGUCGCUGGAGGAGAUGGUACAGCUUACCGCAGAGGUUUCUCAGGUGGCAGAUGCACCUGCAGUUCCCGCCACCGAAUCGUCCGCUCCUGCAACUGAAGCCCCGGCAGCCGAACCCUCCUCCGCUUCCGUGGAAACUCGUAAAGUGCGUCGCAAGGAGAAAAAGGAUAAAGAGCUGCAGCGGCCCAGCACCACAGAAUGGGAGAAAUUCGCCGAUCAGUUGGCCAAAAGCAAGAAGUUCAAGCCAUACGAGAGCUUUGCCCACAGCCAGAAUAAGUUCUCCGUUUACCAGGAUCACACCAGUCUGCGGGAUAAGCCGAAUCACUAUGAUGGCCACUUCAGUGGUGGAAACUCGCAGAGUGCCUCCCAAUCGGAUUUAUCCAGCGGUCACAUAACACCGGCGCCAACUCGCCGAGGUCAGCGGGAGUUUGCCAAGUUCGUGGCCUCCGAACAGGCGGGUAGCAUUUCAAGGUCCAGCUCCAGGCUCUCGAAUCACGCCACUUCCAGGACCUUCGACUUUAAUCCGCAACGCGAACGCAUCAGUCUUCCAGUGACCAAUCGCAUUGGUUCGGGUAUCCAAAGAGCUCCUGCGGAAAGGAUUUCGGGGUGGGGCAGGGGAAGACCUGCUCCUUUGGCAGAGGAACCUGGAUUUGGCCGCAGAAUGAGCACGGGGGUAUUGCAACCGCCUUUGCGCCCUGAGAGGGAGAAAUUCCUUGGCAUUGGAAACCACCGAGUAGUGCAUCCCAUAACUCCAACAAAAGAUGAUUCAAGAAGAGAAAAGUCUUCCAAGAAGCAGGCCUCCAAGAAUAUUUCCUCCAGAGAGUCGUCUUAUUUGGAGUUGGAACCGCCCAAAGUCGAUAAGAGUCCAUUACGGAUCUCCAAAUCCAUACCAAAACAUAUUGUUCGCUCCAGAGAACCAUCAUAUAAUGAGUUUGAUUCAAUAAAGUCGCACAGGAGUCCUUCGAAAGGAUCAAAACCUUUGGCAAAGAAGUCAGAAAAGAACAUUGCCUCCAGUAAAAGUCCGUUGGGAAGUAAAAAGGAAAUGGUGAGAUCUAGAGAGCCUUCCUAUAUUGAAUUUGAUUCGUUUAAAGAAGGCAAUAGUUCAUUGAGAGUACAAAAACUAUUGGCCAACGAGGUGGUUCGAUCUAGAGAGCAUUCUCUUACUGAAUUUGAUUCUUUUAAAGCGGAUACAAGUCCUUGGAGAAUUUCUAGGGAUAAAACAACAAAUGAAAGCCGUGAUAUGCCAGAAAUGCUUACCAAAACAGAUCGAAUUCCUUCAGAACUUCUGCUUUCCGGAGAUCUUAGUCCUAGUACAGAAAUCCAAACCCCCACAAACCAGAAUGAAAACUCUUUACCCCAAACACCUGAAAAAGUUACCUCACAAACUAUAGUUUCCCCAAUAAAAAGGCCAUCACCACCGAACUCUCGUGCUUCCAGUGCGAUAUCCUCGGACAGCGGAAAUUUAGAUGUGAUAAUCCAGCCCAUGAGCAGUCUAACCACUCCCAGUAUAAAAUCCUUUACCCAAUCACCCGAUCAAGUUGUCUUGGAGGGCUAUGAGGACUCCGAUUUGGAGGCAGCUCUGGCAAAGCUGGAGAUUCUGAGAGGAUCCACUGCUACCUUACAUUCGCUUAGGUCCUGCAGUCCAGGUAAACAUACCUACACAGCAUCCUUGCUCAGUUCUCGAAGAACUUCUCCUUGGGUAAUGAGAAAGAAUUACGGAGGAGCUGUUGGAAAGGAAAAUAAGCCAUCGCCAUUGAUUGAAAGUGCCCGGAAGUCCUUACAAGCCAGCCAUCAAACAAUCGAACGCUGCGAUAUUUGUUAUAAUGAGUUUAUUUUAAAUUAA